AUGCCUCACAUCACCAUCCUCGGCUCGCUCAACUACGACAUGGUCGUCUACACCCCGCGCAUGCCCGCGCCAGGCGAGACCAUGCACAGCGACGCCUUCGAGACCCACAACGGCGGCAAAGGCGCAAACCAGGCCCUCGCCGCCCGCCGCCUCAGUCCGCCGGAGACGGUCGAGGUCGCUAUGGUCGGACGCGUCGGGCAGGAUGGGUUCGGGAGCGAGCUUAGGGAGGGGCUUGAGAAGGCUGGUGUCGAUGUUUCGCGCGUGGAGAUGGUGCAGGGCGAGUCUGGCGUCGCUGUGAUUUUGGUCGAACGAUCAGGCGAAAACAGAAUCCUCGUCCACGGCGGCGCAAACGACACCUUCACUCCCGAGGACAUCACCACCUCCCUCUUCACCGCCCACGACAACACUCCAACAGACUACCUCAUCCUCCAAAACGAGCUCCCGCUCGCCGUCGUCCGCCGCGCCAUCUCCCUCGCUUCCGAACUCAACAUCAAAAUCGUCUACAACCCGUCCCCGAUGUCCCCCGAGAUCCUCGAAUGGCACGAUUUGCUGCCUUCAAUUGCCUACCUUGUCGUCAACGAGUCCGAGCUGAGCGCGUUGAUCGGCGUCGACCUCGAAGUCUCCUCCGCGGCCGACAUCACAAGCGAGACAAUCACCGCCGGCGUCGCGCUGCUAUACACAACCCGCGGCUUCACCGGCACCGUCGUCGUCACCUUCGGCGGCCACGGCUCCCUCUUCUGCGUCUCAGGCUCCAAGCCCGUCUUCCAGCCCCCAUACAAGCCGGCCUCGGUCGUCGACACCACCGGCGCCGGCGACAGUUUUCUCGGCGCGUUCGUGGGCGCGAUCGCGUCUGGUAGGUCCGAGGCCGAGGCGAUCAGGUGGGGUGCAGCAGCUGGGUGUUUGGCGGUGCAGAAGAAGGGCGCGGCGGAUAGUAUUCCUUUGUUGCAGGACGCGCAGAGGUUGGUUGAGGCAUCUACAUAG